AUGGAGGCUGAGGGCUCUACGGAGACUCUGGACCGCGGGGACGCUGACUCUGAGGACGUGAGGGAUGCUGCUGACGCUGAGGACGGCGAGGACUCUGCUGACGUUGUGGAAAGUGUUGUGAGUGUGAAGGGCGACGGCGUAGACGCUGAGAGCGACUGUGACAGCAGCGAGGAGGAAGAGAGCUGCCUGGAGGCCAUGACGGCCGACGGCCACGACUACUACCUGAGGCUAGGCCACACCCCCAGACGCCGCUCCGCCCUCCGACUCUCACGCAUCAUUGCACGCCAGCAGCUGCUGCGGAGGCUGGCACAAGAAAUCGAGGCUAAGGAGGCUUGUGAUUGGCUCAGAGCGGCGGGAUUUCCACAGUACGCCCAGCUGUAUGAAGAUUCCCAGUUUCCAAUUGACAUCUCCGCAGUGAAAAGGGACCACGACUUCCUGGACCGGGACCUGGUGGAGCCUUUAUGUCGGUGA